CCCUAUUGUCCCACUGUGGCAAAGUGGGCGGAUAGCAGUGUCUCUCCCUGCCCAAUGGCAGGCACGACUCUCAUGAGAGCGGAGAGAGGCACUUUUCUGCCAUGCAAAAUCCCUAAAACCAUCAUCAUUCCGGCUCGGGAACCCACAGUACUGUGUAACAGCCUCCGCUGCUGAGAGAUGACAGAGCCAAUCUCGGCGCACACACGGCCCUGGGAGCUUGGAGCUGCGUAGAGUCGCUGCGCAAACACAAGGCGACGCAGAGCGAGUUUUUUUUUUUAUUUUUGUGCGGAAAAAGGGAUUUAAAGCCGGGGAUUAAAGAAGGUUUUUUUUUAUCCCUCCUCCUCUCAUCGUAGUCCGUCUCGUCUCACUCAAACCGAGCGUGGCCGUUUUGCUCAAUGUCAUCAUGAUCCUCUUCUCGUCGCGCAGUGUACUGCUGUCAGUCUACUACCCGCAGAUUUUCCUGAUCCUGACGAGUGGCAGCUACCUGGCCCUGUCCUCGGUGGUGGCUCUGGGUGCCAACAUCAUCUGCAACAAGAUCCCAGGGCUGGCACCUCGCCAGCGGGCCAUCUGCCAGAGCCGCCCGGACGCCAUAAUUGUUGUGGGCGAAGGGGCCCAGAUGGGCAUCAAUGAGUGUCAAUACCAGUUCCGAUAUGGACGCUGGAACUGUUCGGCGCUGGGAGAAAGAACAGUCUUCGGUCAGGAGCUGCGAGUAGGCAGCCGGGAAGCAGCUUUUACCUAUGCCAUCACAGCGGCUGGGGUGGCCCAUGCUAUCACCGCAGCAUGCAGCCAAGGCAACCUCAGUCAGUGUGGAUGUGACAGGGAGAAGCAGGGUUAUUAUAAUCAGGAGGAAGGCUGGAAAUGGGGAGGAUGCUCGGCAGACAUCAAGUACGGCAUAGAGUUCUCUCGCCGCUUCGUGGAUGCCCGCGAGAUUAGAAAGACCCCACGUCGUCUGAUGAACUUGCACAACAAUGAGGCAGGCAGAAAGGUUUUAGAAGAAAGGAUGAAGCUAGAGUGCAAGUGCCACGGCGUCUCGGGAUCCUGUACCACUAAAACAUGUUGGACUACUCUUCCGAAAUUCCGUGAGAUUGGCUACGUACUCAAGGACAAGUACAAUAAAGCUGUGCACGUGGAGGUAGUCCGGGCCAGCCGACUGCGCCAGCCCACCCACCUCAAGGUAAAGCAGACUCAGGGCUACCGUAAGCCCAUGGAGACAGACCUCGUAUACAUUGAGAGGUCGCCCAACUACUGCGAGGAGGACGCAGCCACAGGGAGCGUGGGAACCCAGGGACGCCUGUGCAACCGCACCUCACCACAUACGGACGGCUGCGACCUUAUGUGCUGCGGUCGGGGAUACAAUACACACCAGUACACAAAGGUGUGGCAGUGCAAUUGUAAGUUCCAGUGGUGCUGCUUCGUCAAAUGCAACACAUGCAGUGAGAGGACGGAGGUGUUUACCUGCAAAUAAGGACAUGAAGAGCUCAGUGCCAGAAAAAGUGACGCGCAAAGGACUAGCUAAAUGAGGAAGACGCGGGAGAACGAGCAGGAAGGUGUGUCUUCGAGAUUUUGAAGCGAAGAAAUGGAAUUUACACUAUCAGCUCUUCGAGGCAUCGUUUUGCACAGCAGAAUCUAUCUAAUUGCUUUUCCGAAAGUAAAUUCUAAUUAUCAGUAGGUAAUACCCCCAAAACUUUACUGUCACAUUGAGGUUGUGCUUAUGUACUGAUGUAUCCGCAGUGAAGUUGGGACUACGUGUAAAGAAUGAGACCCUCGGUGGGAACUGUGCUUUGCACUCUGGGAUUUGUAAUUGUUCGAUUGCAAUAUAACCAGACUUGCAUGGAGAGGAACUCACAGUAACCUGGGAGUUGAUCGAAGUGACAGCCAUUGUUAAGUGUUUGACGAGAAACUCUUUGUGGGUUUUGUCAUUUUUUCACUAACGGGUGAAUCUUGACAUGAAUGAAUAAGUGAAUCUUGACAUGAAUGAUACCCCUAGCUUGGCUGGGGCUAAUGGUGGAGGUCUGUAGAAAUGAAGAACAUUUUGUAAGUGUGGUGCAUCACGCUGCGCCAAUAUCUGAGUGGAGAACUCUGUUAAAACCCUCUGCUGCCAACUGGAAUAUGGUGGAGUAUGUUAGUUUUCCAGUCACACUGGAACUGUCUGUUCUGAACACUGAAAAUAAAUUGUCUAUUUAUGUUAUAGUAUCUUAAAACAAAACACUAACGGGUAGACAUGUCUUUUUUUUUGUACUAAGUGUAAAGAAAAAUACUUUUUAGAAACUCUGACUGGAAAUGUGUGUCUAUUAGAACAUGACCCCCCCUAAAACCCCUACAAAACCUAAUCUUUUCUUUAAAAAAAAGAAGAAGAAAAGAAAAAAAAUCAUAGCUACUGGUGUGUUGACAACAGAAGAGAUCUUUACAACAUGUUUCACAUGUUUCAGACACCUGGGCUCUACUAUGUUGUAGUUUAGCUUGUUUGCAGUCCUUUUUCGCUCCCUGAGCAGUAACAACUAUUUCAAUGGUUGUGCAAUUGACAAUGCAAUUGACAGUAGCAUGAAAACACUGCAGAGAUUCUUCCUAAAUUCAUUAAACAUGAACAUUAAAACUGUGCUGGAUGUGGAUGUGUUAAGUGCUGCACCUAUAUUUUCUAUUUUAGUCUAUGAGAACUAAAUGACUCCCAUUUUACUCAGUUUGAUGGUUCAAUGCUAAAAUAUCAACUGAAGUUUAACCUGCAGUUCAUCUUAAUUCUUUUUUUAUUGAUAAUUUUUUCAAAUUCAACCAAAGACU